GUACCCAUUGAUUAUUGCUUUAUUGUUAGGCAGUACGCAAGAAAAAAAAAAGGAAAGACGGAAGAUAUCGGAAGAGUGGAAACCCUGGACUUCGUAUUCGAGGACGCCAUUUGCAUGAGUCAUCGCUGAGAAGAGUUUUGGUACAUAUCCAUUCCUAUGUAUUUGGACGGCGUGUCCAGGAGUCUUGGAGAAAAAUUCGAGUACUGCGGAUAUUCGACCCUGACCUGAGUGAACCAGAGACGGAGCUGCAUUUACAAGUUCCUUUGUUUCGACACUGUAUACCGGAGGGUCGGACAAGGAGCUUAGUGGUUUUAAUCGUGUACGCGUCGACCAAGCGGAACAAGCAGAAUGGUAGCUAUGCUGAGGCCACGGGAAAUCGAGGUGGACGAGCCAAGUCAUACCGAGAAAUUGGCAAAGUGGAUCAGCACGGUGCGUCAAAAGAAAGCUGUAUGCAUCAGAAACCGCAAACGAAACCUGAGGAUGGAGGCGGUUCUGGCUCAUGCCUUGUCGAAAGCUGAGUCGGAACUGAGAAACAAGCAGCUCUCGAGGAUCAAGCGUUGGCAGCAGCUGAAGAGGAAGCUGUCGAAGGAGUUAGAUUUUUAUUCCAAAGACAGUAGCCAUCGAUCCAAUGAUUGCAAAGAAGGGUUGGACCCCUGGAGAGACUCGCUCUGUCCGGAGUUACACAGCUUUGAUUCUUUCAUGGCUAAGAUUAACGAGAUAAAAGUUCCGCUGCAGCGAUGACGCGAUGGCGAGAGGUUUAUGGG